AUGACCCAGUCCAUCCCCAACCCAGCAGAGUCGGGCCUCGCAAACGUUGCGAACUUUAGAGACGUCGGCGCGAAUUAUAACAGGGAUAUCGCGGGGUUGGGACAUUCAGAAUUGCCCGCGUUGAAGGAGGGAAAUUUGUUUAGGUCUGCUAGGUUGGACGACGCAACAGCCGCCGACGUAGAAGUCCUCAAAAGCAAAUACGGCAUCAAAACAGUCAUCGACCUCCGCUCCGACCUCGAACGCCGCGAAUGCGAGCACGUCGCCUCCACGUUCCUCUUCCCCGCCAUUGAGCAAGAAGUCAACGAAGAGCUCUACCCAGUAGGCCCCAACCCGCUCCCACCGCCGGGAUUCAUCGAAGCCGGCUCCGAGGAAGAAAAAGAACUCCAACGCCGCGCCUCCCUCUCCUCCACUCGAUCCAAAGACAGUUUCCGCCGCCGAACGCGCCACACGAUCGAAUUCGCCGGCCCCAAAUUCCGCAAACAAGGCGUAUGGAAACCGCUCUCACUGUGGCAAAAAACGAAAGUGGUUGCCCUCAUCGCCGCGGGUCAGAAACCCCGCGCCGUGCAGAUGAUCGGCGAGGAGGUCAUUGCGCCCCAGGGGUUGAUCGGGCUGUACAAGAAUUUCAUCGACUACUGCUCGGACGAGAUCGCGCAGGCGCUAAAAUUGCUCGCCGACGCGGAUAACUACCCCGUGCUCGUCCACUGCACACAGGGUAAAGACCGCACGGGGAUCGUCACCGCCAUGGCUCUGUCUUGCGCGGGCGUUCCCCUGGAGCAGAUUGUGACUGAUUUUCAUAGAUCGCAGGCCGGGUUGGAUAGUCAGAGGGAGGUGAUGGUGAGGGAGAUGGCGAAGACGGGACUGGCGCCGGUUUUCUCGGAUGCGCCGGCGGAGGUGUUGAGGGAAACGUUUGGGUAUGUGGCGGAGAAGUAUGGGGGGGUGGAGCGGUAUUUGGAUAAGGCGGGCGUGGGGAAGGAGGUGAGGGAGAGGUUGAGGAGGAAUUUGGUGGCGGCUUAG